AUGGAUCACUCAGAACCACCGACUGUUCUUGUUAUCGCAGGACAUCCAGCUGAUAUAGGAUGGGCGGCUCUCGGGCCAGCAAUCGGUUGCGUUGGUCUUACUUUGGUUGCGGUAGGUGCAAGGUGGUAUACUCGUUGGUGCAUCACGCGAGUUAUUGGUUUGGAUGAUUAUAUGAUUGUCUUCUCAACGAUACUUGCGAUUGCCUUGACUGGUGUUGUUGCAGCAGAGGUUCAUCUUGGGAUUGGUGAAUCUCAGUGGGCGGACAACCAUGCUAGAAUCCCUACUAUGGCGAAGCUUAUCAUCGCCAGCAACGUGAUCUAUCAAAUUGUCGUCAACGUAACCAAAGCCUCAAUUGUUACUCAAUAUCUGCGUAUAUUUUCAUCUACUCCGGUCAUCAUCUUUCGUCGGACGUGCCAAGCCGUACUUAUAGUCUUGACGCUUAUUCCAAUCUGGGGCGUGUUUGGCUCUGUAUUCCUUUCACCAAUCAAUGUUAUUCUGGACCUUGUAGUAUGGUUAUUGCCAAUGCCAUUGGUCAGUCAGCUCAAGCUUCCGCGGCGACAGAAAAUAGGGCUUAUGGUGUUGUUUACGUUGGGUGGAAUGGUAUGUAUUAUCGGCAUACUCCGUGUGGUCAUGGUAGACGUCGCCGCCAAAGUCUGGCAUGAUUUGACUCAAGCCAAUGUUGGAAUAGCUUUUGCUUGCCUCUUGUCGAUCAAACCACUGGUAGCGAAGCUAUUUCCUCAUCUUGUCGAGUCCGACAGCACGCCAGCUCACAGUAUGCGGCUUCGUAAGAUUAGCUUCUGGGGUCAGCCUCUAUCCGAAACUAUGAAUACAUCGACAUCUUCUCAGCUUCGAGUAGAUUCGAAGACAGCCAGUAGUGUUACGAAGCCAGCAAGGGCGAAGAAAAGCUGGAGCUCAAUGCGGAUGCAUUCUCAAAAUAUCUUUGGCCACAUAAAUUGGGAGACACAUGACCGGCAGAGCGAAACCUGA